UAUGUCAAAAAUACAGAAAAUAAGAAAUGAUAUCCGAAGGGCUGUAGCAUAACAGCGAUUUGUUUGGUGUAUAACAUUUUAACUAUUCUUUUGUUUAAAAACAAAUUACGGCUCGGUGACAAAAUGUCAUCUCCCAAUAUAAAUGACUCACCAGCAAUCAAAGAUUACUCCGUCUUGGAGAUUAUUGGAACGGGUAGUUAUUCGAUUGUUUAUAGAGCUAGACAUAAACAGACCAAAGACCGCAUAGUGGCCAUCAAAACAGUGCAGCGAAAAACACUAUCAUCCAGUUCGAAAGAAAAUCUUUUGGUUGAAAUUCAACUACUCAAGCGCCUGAAUCACAAGUACAUUGUCAACAUGUUCGAUUUUGUGUAUGAUGAACAAAAUGUGUUUAUCAUUAUGGAAUACUGCGAGGGUGGCAAUCUAUCACUGUACAUAAGGAAACAUAAAACUCUGCCGGAGAAGACCUGCAAAUUCUUUCUCGGCCAACUCGCUGAAGCUGUCCAGUAUAUGCAUUCCCAAAACGUCAGUCAUUUUGAUCUGAAGCCACAAAAUUUACUACUGACAUAUUGUCCUAACUUGACGCUUAAAGUGGCGGAUUUUGGUUUCGCACAAUACUUGGACAUGGGCGAAUCGAAUAGUACGUUAAAAGGAUCCCCACUGUACAUGGCACCUGAAAUACUACUGGAUCGUUGCUACGACCAAUCGGCCGAUUUGUGGAGCAUAGGCGUCAUUUUGUAUGAAUGUUUGUUCGGCUCUGCACCGUACAGUUCAAAGUCAAUUGAAGAAUUAAUGGACAAGAUCCAGAAGAAGAAGAAAAUUGAAAUACCAAAAACGAAAACAAUUACAUCGACUUGCGAGGAUCUACUGGCCAGACUCCUAGUACACGAUCCAAAGCAACGAAUUAGUUUUACCAAUUUUUUCGAACACGAAUUUUUGAACCUGCGAUAUAAAGACAACGACGAGAAAUUAAAGAGAGCGGUUGACAUGUUUCGACAGGCAGUGGAGGAGGAUUCGAAACUUAAUUACUCAAUAGCAUUGCAAUGGUACAGCAAAGGUUUACAAGAAUUCUUACAAAUCAUAUUUAACGAACCGAAUUCGAAGCGAAAAGCUGCAUUGCGAGAGCGAGCUAAUGUGUACCUGCAACGAGCAGAAGAGAUUAAAGAUUACUGCAGUCAAAGUACGUCUGUUGAGCAAACGAAACCGGUCGCCGGAUCAACUCAGUCCUCAGAAACUGCUGGCCAAUCAGUGCAGCGGGACAGUGACAAUAAAAAGCCUCUAACUGCAUUCACAUACAUAAAAUUGCAUCAAAUGUGUACAUCAAGUCAGUCACUGUUAAGUGCCUUAGAAAUCGGCCGUCAAGGAGAAUUGUACGCGUUUGAGAAGAACUAUCGAUUAGCGCUCGAAAACCUGACCGGAUCACUGAGCAUAUUAAUUCCACUUAUUCAACAAGAGCCGCCCGGUACCCGACGGGAAAUGCUUCAUGCGAUGACCAACAAAUGGAUGCGAGAGGCGGAACAACUAAAGGCUCACAUUGAGAAAGAGGAGUCGGAAAAUGCUUCUGAAAUGCCAUCACAUCACGCCUGCUGUGUUCAAUAGAUGUUGUAAAUAUCCAGAAAUUCCUAUCUAUUAGCUGGAGACAGUUGUUAGAGCUUAAUAAAUUAUUACUUUUGAA